AUGGGUUUCUUCAAGAAGAGAGAUGCUAAGACUUCGAAAGGAGCAAAGAAGGAGAGCACCAAGUACGCUCAAAUUACCUUUAACGAGGAUUGCAGCCACUCUUAUAGAUCAAAAACUUCAAAAACGCCCAAGAAGACUCCAACGAAAGUGCCACAAGAAAAAGAGAAGAAAAUUGAUCUGGCGCCUUUGAAAAAAGCAGGAGUGCCCAUAAUUUUUAUCGUUGGAGGUCCCGGUUCUGGAAAAGGCACACAAUGUGAAAAGAUUGUUGAGAAGUAUGGAUUGUCUCAUCUUUCCUCGGGCGAUCUUCUAAGGGAUGAGGUCAAAUCAGGCUCUCCAAGAGGUGCUAAACUUGCGAAAAUCAUGGAAGCUGGACAACUUGUCCCACUUGAAGUGGUUUUGGACCUGAUAAAGGAAGCGAUGCUCAAAGAAGUAGCCAAAGGUAGCAAAGGAUUCCUUAUCGAUGGUUAUCCAAGGGAGGUCAAGCAAGGUGAACAAUUCGAAAAAGAGAUCCAGGAAGCAGCAACAGUGAUUUUCUUCGAUGUCAGCGAUGAUAUUCUUAUAGAACGGCUGCUAAAGCGCGCGAAAACUAGUGGACGUGCAGAUGACAACAAGGAGACAAUCAAGAAACGUCUCGAUACCUAUAAAACUGCUACGACACCGGUGGUAGACUAUUACAAGAAGAAAAAGAAACUACAUAGGAUCGAAGCCAAAGGAACGGUUGACGAGAUAUUUGGUGAAGUCACAAAACACUUGGACGAAAUUAUAAAGAAGCCUAAAGCGCCCACUCCCACAAAGGUGCCUGGGCCUGUGAAGAAAGGAAAGAUCGAUUUGACUCCUUUGAGGAAAGCGGGUGUUCCAAUUAUCUUUGUUGUUGGUGGUCCCGGUUCUGGAAAAGGUACACAGUGCGACAAGAUUGUUGAAAAGUAUGGACUCUCACAUCUUUCAUCAGGGGACCUCUUACGUGAAGAGGUAAAAUCAGGCUCUCCUAGAGGCGCUACACUUUCAAAAAUUAUGGAAGCUGGCCAGUUGGUCCCUUUGGACGUCGUCUUGGACUUGAUUAAAGAAGCAAUGCUCAAGGAAGUAGCCAAAGGAAGCAAAGGCUUUCUUAUUGACGGUUAUCCUAGAGAAGUUAAGCAAGGCGAACAGUUUGAGAGUGAGAUCCAGGAAGCAGCAACAGUGAUCUUCUUCGAUGUUAGUGACGAUAUUCUCGUGAAGCGUCUGUUGAAUAGGGCAAAGACCAGCGGGCGAGCAGACGACAACGAAGAAACUAUCAAAAAACGUCUGGAAACAUACAAAACUGCUACGACACCAGUUGUGGACUACUAUAAAAAGAAGAGGAAGUUACAUAGGAUAGACGCCAAGGGAACAGUAGAUGAGAUUUUUGCUAAAGUUCAAGAACAUCUGGAUGACGUCAUCAAGAAGAAGAAAUCUGUAGAAUACUAUAAAUCCAAGCUAAAUACACUUGCUAGAAGUGUGGUAGAUAUGAAAGCGUUGAACAAAGCAAAUGUUCCAAUCUUCUUCAUAGUCGGAGGUCCUGGUUCUGGAAAAGGUACUCAGUGCGAAAAGAUUGUGUCGAAAUAUGGUCUGACUCAUUUGUCAUCUGGAGACCUCCUGCGAAAUGAGGUCAAAUCUGGCUCCCCAAGAGGAUUUAUCCUUUCUUACAUUAUGGAAGCAGGAGAGCUCGUACCAUAUGAAAUAGUGCUGGAUCUAUUGAAAGAAGCUAUUGUCAAAGAAGUAAAGAAAGGCAGCAAAGGAUUUCUUAUUGAUGGCUACCCUAGAGAAGUCAAGCAGGGAGAACUGUUUGAAGGAGAGAUCCAAAAAGCCAAAUCGGUCAUAUUUUUCGAUGCUUCGAAUGAUAUUUUGGUACAGCGGCUAUUGAAUCGCGCCAAGACCAGUGGACGAGCAGAUGACAAUAUGGAGACAAUAAAGAAACGUUUAGAAACUUUUGCUAAUGCUACAGCUCCAGUGGUAGAUUAUUACGAAAAGAAGAAUAAACUUGUUAGAAUCAAGGCGGAAGGGACGAUAGAAGAAAUUUUUGCGGAAGUUGUCAAAUAUCUCGAUGGGCAAAUAGAGAAACCGAAGGACUCACUUGGUUUUGAAACGAAAUUCCUGGAUAUGACACCACUUAAGAAAGCUGCUUUGCCAAUUUUCUUCGUUAUAGGUGGCCCAGGUUCUGGAAAAGGAACACAAUGCGACAAAAUGGUGGCCAAGUAUGGCUUGUCGCACCUAUCAACCGGAGAUUUAUUAAGAGAAGAGGUGAACUCGAAAUCUCCAAGGGGAGAGAAAUUGUCCCAGAUCAUGGAAGAGGGUAAACUAGUUCCAAUGGAUGUGGUUUUUAAUCUGCUCAAACAAGCCAUGCUCAAAGAAAUUAGCAGUGGAAGUAAAGGGUUUGUAAUCGAUGGUUAUCCUCGUGAUUUAAAACAAGGGAGGGACUUUGAGAGUGAAAUAGAAGAGGUCAAAUCUGUCAUUUUCUUCGAAGCUUCUGACGAUACGCUAAUUCAAAGACUUAUGAAAAGAGCAAAGACGAGUGGAAGAGCUGAUGAUAAUAUAGAAACUAUGAAAAAUAGUUUGAAAACCUUUUUGAAUGAAGCUGGUCCUGUCAUCGAGUACUACGAAAAGAAAAAGAAAUUAGUCAAGAUAAAAGCUGAAGGUUCAGUCGAGGAAAUUUUUGCGGAGGUGGAGAAACAGUUAGAUUCACAGGGUGUAAAGGCAUUAACAGAAGGUUUACAAAGAAAAGCAAUUGACUUAUCUCCAUUAAAAGCUGCUAAAGUGCCUAUUUUCUUUAUUGUCGGAGGCCCUGGAUCCGGAAAGGGAACGCAAUGUGAAAAAAUUGUUGCCAAAUAUGGGUUGUCUCAUCUAUCGUCUGGGGAUUUGCUUCGAGAAGAGGUCAAGUCAGGGUCUCCACGAGGAGCUCAGCUCAACAAAAUAAUGGAAGCUGGAGAACUGGUCCCGUUGGAGAUUGUCCUGGAUCUAAUAAAAGAAAGCAUCCUCAAAGCAGUCAACGCUGGAACCAAAGGAUUCUUGAUAGAUGGUUACCCUAGAGAGGUCAAGCAAGGAGAACAAUUUGAGAAAGAGAUUCAAGAAGCAAAAUCAGUGAUAUUUUUCGAUGUUUCGGAUGACAUUUUAAUAGAGCGCCUCCUCAAUCGUGCCAAGACCAGUGGCCGUGUCGAUGACAAUCUCGAAACAAUUAAGAAACGUCUAAACACUUUUAAAAAUGCUACUGCACCAGUAAUCGACUAUUACGAGAAGAAACAGAAGCUCGUAAAGAUUCCCGCCAAAGGCACUGUUGAUGAGAUCUUCGCAGUGGUUAGUGAACAUCUGGACGCAGCCAUGACCUAAAAUGAUGAAUAUUGAUGUAAUAAUGUGAAAAACAAAAGAACAUCGUCGACUUUCACUGAUUUUAAUAAGAAAAAAUUUCAAAAUGUUUUGUUUGCCAGAGCACAGAUGCUUACUUCCAAUUCGACAGACACCUUUUCCCUUCCCCC